AUUAAUUACAAAAUUUGUAACAUUAUUAACAGCGGGCAGCAUAUCUACAACACUUAUUACAGUAUUAAUUGGGUAUGUAGUGUACAAAAUUGCCAAAUUUUACCACCUACGUUCAACAUUGCCACCCGGUCCGCACCCCUGGCCACUUAUUGGCAAUGGUUUAAUGCAAUUUAAAUCGGGUCCCGUUUGGCACCAGGUUUUCCGUGGGCUGACCGCACAGUACGGCCCGGUAUUUACCUUCUGGUUCGGUGGCGUUCCCCGUAUUAUCAUUGCCGACACCGAUAUGGCCCGCGAGGCGUACCGUAAAAAUGAUUUUGCUGGUCGACCAUGGUCAUAUUUGGGCUCUCAGUUAUCAAACGAUGAUUUUAAGGACGUGUUGUUCACUGAUUACGGCCACACGUGGGAAGCGCUCAGACGUGUGGCCCACUCGGCGGUCAUCCCAAUUGAGUCCGUUUGA